AUGCGCGGCAUCAGCACAAGACCAUCGGGCGAAACGAUUGAUAAAUACGGGAGACGAAGAGUCGAGGAAGGGAAUGUCGGAAAGGAGCGAAGAGGGGUUGUUGCGCCUGACGCGCGUACCCCGGUUGUAGAAGGUGUCUAUCUAGAACGAAGGAAGUAUGGCCGACUUACAGGGGGUAUAUGUACGAGCUGGGCUCACGCAAUGGUGCACCAGGAAUAUGACGAAGAGUUUCCAGUGAUGUACUCCAUGUCCAGAGGUACACCAUCGGCGGGCAUGCCGAUUGCAGGAGGACCUCCGAUUGCGGGCUCAUUUCUGAGCGCGGCCUCGGUAUCGAGGAAUGCGGAGAACUCGGCAAACUCGUCCAUUGGUAUCGCGAUGCGGGCAGGAGGAUGUAUGGAGCAGGUAUCGCGGGUAGCGGGUAGCGGGUAUCGCGAGGAAGGGGUAUCGCGAGCGGGAAACCAAAAUGUCAGCGAUGGGAGCACCCUGCUGAAGGGGGGCACAAUAAUUGGGCGAGCAAUUGUCGAUCGUGUAUAG